AUGAUAUUGCUUGAUAAUGGCGAGUUUGAAUCUGAAGCUGGAAAAGAAGAUCAUACUAAGGAUCAGUCUGAAGAAGAGUAUGAAGAAGAGCCGGUUAAUGGGAGGUUACUAGUGGCAAGAAGAAACCUUAGUCUUCAAACUAUGACCGAAGAGCUUGAGCAAAGAGAGAACCUAUUCUACACACGGUGCUUGGUACAAGGAAAGGUCUGCAGCCUCAUAGUUGAUGGUGGUAGUUGUGUCAAUUUUGCGAGUGAAACCAUGGUUCAAAAUCUUGGAUUAAAGGUUCAGAAACAUCCAAAACCCUAUAGACUCCAGUGGCUCAAUGAUGAGGGCGAGAUGAGGGUGUCUGAUCAGGUUCUAGUUCAUUUAUCCAUUGGAAGAUAUGAGGAUGAGAUCUUGUGUGACAUUUUGCCUAUGGAAGCAAGUCACAUACUGCUGGGAAGGCCUUGGCAAUCUGAUAGACGUGUAGUUCAUGAUGGCUUUACCAACAAGCACUCCUUUGAGUUUAAAGGCAGAAAGACAGUACUAGUGCCACUAUCUCUAAAAGAAGUACAUCAGGAUCAGCUGCAGCUUCAAAAGAAAAAGGAGAUUGAUCUUAAACUGACUCAAACUAAGCAACACAACUUCUAUGCCAAAACUGAAUCUCUCUUGAAUCUAACUGAUUUUACACCGGUGUACCCGAGUAAGAUGUUGUCUCUUUUGCAGGAAUAUGAUGAUGUGUUUCCAGAUGAUAGUCCUACAGGGUUGCCACCAAUACGUGGGAUUGAGCAUCAGAUUGACUUUGUACCUGGAUCCACACUUCCUAACCGACCUGCUUACCAAACCAAUCCAGUUGAAACCAAAGAGCUACAAAGACAAGUACAUGAGUUGAUGGAGAAGGGUAACAUCCGUGAGAGCAUGAGUCCUUGUGAUGUACCUGUCUUACUUGUACCCAGAAGGAUGGGAGCUGGCGCAUGUGUGGUUGAUUGUAGAGCAAUUAAGAAUAUCACGGGUGGUAAGAGUCGGAGCAAGUCCAAGAGGGCUAAGGAUGGAGCUGGAGCAUCUGGCCAAGGUGGCGCGGAUAGAGCCAAUCCAAGUGUGGUGCUGCCCAAUCCAAGCAUUGGCAUGGACAGUACAACUGGAUUGCCUCUGGCUCGGAUCACUCCGACUGAGGUUCAAGGAGGUCUAGUGGAACAGCAGCAAAAGGCGGCUGAGGAAACUAGGCAGCAGCUGGAGCAAGCUGAACUAGCUAGACAGCUGCAAGAGCAAGCUGAGGAAGCUGCAAGGCAGCUGCAAGAUGACAUGGAGGCUGAGGAAGAGUCCUCACAUGCUGGUGAUCAGGGCGGCCGAGGCAUUGGUGCAGCCAAUGGUGGAGCCAACCAAGGAAACCAGCUGGUGGAACCUACCAUGAAGGAGGUGCUUGAUGCAAUCAGGUGUGGCAAGAUGGACCACUCAGUCCGGGACUGUCCUGGACCGGAUCAGAGUCAUGGUCAAGCGGCUGGUGGUGACUCUAGGACUUGUUUCCAGUGUGGGAAGGCCGGACACUUCCGAAAGGACUGUCCUAAGCUUCAGGCUGGAUCAGGUAGGAUGAAGUCUGAGGUUGUGGUCCAACUCAAGAAUCAUGAGGUGAUCUUGGGUAUGGACUGGCUUGGAAAGAAUCGGGCCACCUUAGACUGUCACCGGGGGAGGGUGCUGUUUGAGAGUGGGUGUGGACCCCCGAUCAGGUUCCAAGGUAUUCGUCCAACCUCUGGAUGCUUAGUGGUAUCAGCAGUCCAAGCGGAAAGGAUGCUUGAGCGGGGUUGUGAGGCUUAUAUUGCCACAAUCACCACUAUGGAGGUUGUUGGGGGUGGUAACCCGGACGGGAUUCCGCUGGUCAGUGAGUUUGAGGAUGUGUUUAGGUCUCCACAGGGCAUUCCCCCUGAUAGGUCAGACCCAUUCAUAAUAGAACUGGAACCAGGGACGGCCCCAAUGUCAAAAAGUCCCUACCGCAUGGCUCCUGCUGAGAUGGCCGAGCUAAAGAAACAACUAGAGGAGUUGUUGGAUAAGGGUUUCAUACGCCCUAGUGUGUCGUAUUGGGGAGCACCAGUCCUCUUUGUGAAGAAGAAGGAUGGUAGCUUUAGGCUGUGUAUUGACUAUCGAGGGCUUAAUAGGGUUACUAUCAAGAAUAAGUACCCAUUGCCUCGGAUAGAUGAGCUGUUGGAUCAGCUUAAGGGAGCAAAGUGGUUCUCUAAGAUUGACUUCGCUUCAGGGUAUCAUCAGAUCCCAAUUGAACCAAGUGAUAUAAAGAAGACUGCAUUCAGAACCAGGUAUGGCCACUAUGAGUUUGUGGUUAUGCCAUUUGGUCUGACCAAUGCACCAGCAGCAUUCAUGAAGAUGAUGAAUGGUACCUUCCGAGACUUCUUGGAUGAAUUUGUAAUCAUCUUUAUAGAUGACAUACUUGUAUACUCCAAGAGCAAGGAGGAUCAUGAAAGGCAUCUCCGGGCUGUGCUGGGGAGAUUGAGAGAGCAGCAGCUCUUUGCUAAGUUAAGCAAGUGUAGCUUCUGGCAAAAGAGCAUUGGCUUCCUUGGACACAUUGUGUCAAGUGAAGGUGUGUCUGUUGAUCCGGAGAAGGUCGUGGCCAUAAAGGCAUGGCCUCAGCCUAAGAAUGCCACAGAAGUCAGGAGCUUCUUAGGGCUGGCCGGCUACUACAGGAAGUUUGUGAAGGGCUUUGCUAGCUUGGCACAGCCUAUGACUCAGUUGACAGGAAAGGAUGUUAAGUUUGUAUGGUCAGAGGAGUGUGAGAGAAGUUUCUGUGCGCUUAAGGACAUGCUUACUAGUGCACCAGUCCUUGUCCUGCCUGAGGAGGUCCAACCAUAUGUGGUGUACACAGACGCCUCCAUAACUGGAUUAGGAUGUGUACUGACCCAACAUGGGAAGGUCAUUGCAUACGCCUCAAGGCAAUUGAGGAAGCAUGAGGGUAAUUACCCCACACAUGAUCUGGAGAUGGCAGCUGUGGUGUUUGCCCUGAAGAUUUGGAGAUCAUAUCUUUAUGGUGCCAAGGUUCAGAUACUUACAGACCACAAGAGUCUGAAGUAUAUCUUCACUCAGCCUGAGUUGAACUUAAGGCAAAGGAGGUGGAUGGAGUUUGUGGCAGAUUAUGAUCUGGACAUAACUUACUAUCCAGGGAAGGCCAACCUAGUGGCUGAUGCUUUGAGCCGGAGAAGGGCUGAGGUUUCAGCUGAAAAGGAGGCAGAUAUAUUGGAAGUGGAUCAGGCCGAUCUCCUUAACACACUGGCUAGUGCUGAUGAGCCAUUGGGGUUAGAGGCAGUGGAUCAGGCCGAUCUCCUUACCAGGAUUUGUGCAGCUCAGAAGCUGGAUGAGAACCUUCAAAAGAUGUACAGGGAUUUGAAGAGGUAUUACCAUUGGGUGCGCAUGAAGACUGAUGUGGCCGAGUGGGUGGCAAAGUGUCCCAUUUGCCAAUUGGUCAAGGCAGAGCACCAAGUGCCCAGUGGACUACUCCAAAGCUUACCCAUUCCGGAAUGGAAGUGGGAUCACAUUACCAUGGAUUUUGUGACUGGUUUCCCUACGACCAGAAACAAGAAGGAUGCUGUUUGGGUGGUGGUCGAUAGGCUAACCAAGUCGGCUCACUUCUUGGCAAUCAAGAAGGGGGAUGGUGUGGAUGAGAUUGUGCAGAUUUACAUCAAUGAAAUAGUGAGAUUUCAUGGUGUACCUGAAAGCAUUAAGAUGAAGGAGGCUCAGGAUAGACAAAAGAGCUAUGCGGACAAGAGGAGGAAGCAUCUUGAGUUUGAGGUUGGUGACCUAGUGUAUCUCAAGAUGAUUACCUUCAGAGGCAGGACCAGGUUUCUGGAAGGGAAACUGGAUCCUAGGUACUUGGGUCCAUUCAGGAUCACAGAGAGAGUGGGCGCAGUGGCAUACAAGUUGGAUUUGCCAUCAGCAAUGGAUGCAUACCACAAUGUGUUCCAUGUGUCCCAGCUAAGGAAAUGCCUAUCCGAACAGGAUGUGGUGUUGCCUGAGAUUCCCAAAGAUCUUGGUAAGAACCUAACCUUAGAGACAAGGCCGGUUCGAAUCAUAGAUAGGGCAGAGAAGGCAACAAGGAAGAAGACAGUACCUAUGAUCAAGGUAGUGUGGGAGAGUAAUGGCAAGGACAUAAUCACUUGGGAAACCGAGGCAAGAAUGAAGGCUGAGUAUCCUGAGUGGUAUGAUCAGUAU